GUUUUAACCAAAACCAAAAAAAUCGUGUAUUUGUCUGCGUUUUUGACUGACGAGGAAGAAUUCACUGAAGUUUUUGAAAGUUUGAUAGAAAACAGAGGUUCUGAAGAUCCUUUCGAGGAUUCCACUGGUAACGAGUCAUCAUGUAACGAGAUAGAUGGUUCUUCUUUCUUUAGAAACCAGAAAUUGUGGGAUAUCGACGACGAUCGUUUGGACUGGUAUACCCAUGAAGAUCCUUACCCGAAUGAAAUGAGUCACGUUCCCGUAAAUUCGAGCAACAACAUUCCGUACAGAGAAACCUCAGUUCCAUCUGUGGGGAUACCAAGUGUUCCUAUCGCAGAAGAACUUCAUCAGAACCGUGUACCAAAUGUUCCGGAACCUACUAUGGUCCUUCCUCCCAUUUCUCCUGCUGGUUCAUCGCUUGCCGGAUUAAGCAAAGAACCCAGCGUAUCACCUAGCUUGAACAACUUUUGGCCUCCAUGUAAAAACAAUUCCGAUGCGAAAGACGAAAGUGCAGCUCUCGAGAGUUCUCGCUCGGUUUCACGCAGUAUGAAAUCUCUUUUAUUCUCCAAGCCCUCGGAAAAAAGUGUGAAUCAGCUUCUUAGUAAGAAAACUGCGGAGAAAAAAACAGAUCCGAGCUGUAACACAGUAACACCGACUAACCGGGAACCGGAAACUGAUAUAACAUAUGAUGAAAACGAAGAUUUGAGUUUCCGAGACGAGUCAUCCUUCUUGAAAAGUCCUUCUACGUUCAAUGAAGCAGUUGACGAGAAUAAUCUUGAUCGUUUGAACAACCAGCUCAGGGCGAUUUCUUGUGUUAUAAGAAAGGGUUAUCAGAACACCACCAAACAUCAGAUAGAAAACGAGAAGAGGCUUCUAGAUAAAGCACAAUCUGAACUCAGAGGAAGCUGUGCGGAGUUGCAGACAACUAGAACAGGUCAUGAAAUGACUUCUACUGUGAAACAGACCUCAGAAAGAUUAUCAGAUCACCUCAACUCAUCAAUCGAAUCACAUCAAACGCAGUCCUCAGAAAGCGCUUCACCUUUAAGAACCGAGAGAUCUGACCCAUCAGAAAGAAGUGAGAAUUGGGCAGUGCAAAGCACAACCUCCAACACUAGUAAGAAUUGGAAAGAGAAAAAAAGAGAAGACUUCCCUACUUCGAUGAAUCGUUACAAAACCAGCGAUGUCAACUCCGCCCGUUUCAUGGAAGAUAAAUACAAAAAUUUAACUAAACGAUUGAUUAAUGAGAAAUCAACGGAAUACGUGGAUCGAGCAUUUUGUAAAUUGGAUACCAUAGAAACAAGAACUAUAAGAUUAGUCUUGUAUUCUAUCGCUUCUGAUUCAGCAACGAGAUGUGCCGUGCGAGCGUUCUCGAGAGAUGUAGUUCUUCUCUUGAAUCACGUCGUAUAUAGUCCUGAAGAGCCUUUCUUUGUGUACGACCUCCAACGGACUGGUAUAAAUUUGAGAGAUAUCGAAGAUAAUGAGCCAUUCUCAUUGCUCACCUGCGUAGAGAGACAUGUAUUCGACGUUAUCAGAUUGGAACAGAGUUUAUGGAACUACAUCCUGCAAUCGCUCCAGUUCAUCCAAGAGCUGUCUCUUCCAUGCUGCUAG